AUGGUUCAGGGAGUUAUCAUGCACAGCUUAGGAAGCACAAUUCUUCUUCUUCUGGUAAUACUAUGUGUGGUGUUGCUGUUAGAAGGGGCAGCAGCUUGCUCAGGCGGGCGAUGCGAGCUCGGCGACCGAUGCUCGUCAGAAGCCGACUGCGGGUCCGAGCUCUACUGCUACAACUGCUGGAUCGAGUUCGCCGGCAAAAGGUGCGUCCGGACGACGGUCGCCGACCCGUUCAAGAUAGCUGAUACAUCGUUGCCGUUCAACAAGUACGCGUUCCUGACGACGCACAACUCGUUCUCGAUCCGCGGCGAGCCGUCCCACACCGGAGUCCCGCGGAUCACGCUUUACAACCAGGACGAUUCGGUCACCGAUCAACUGAAUAACGGAGUCCGGGCGCUGAUGCUGGACGUGUACGACUUCCGCGACGACAUUUGGCUUUGCCACUCAAAGGGAGGGAAGUGCUUCGACUUCACGGCGUUCGAGCCGGCCAUCGGCACCAUGAUGGAGGUCGAGGCGUUCUUGUCGGCGAACCCGUCGGAGAUCGUGACGCUGAUCCUGGAGGACUAUGUCAGCGCUGACCACGGCCUGUCCAAGCUGUUCGACAGCGCGGGCCUGACCAAGUACUGGUUCCCGGUGUCGAGCAUGCCGCGGGACGGCGGCGACUGGCCUCGCGUCCGCGACAUGAUCAGGCGCAACCACCGCCUCCUCGUCUUCACCUCCGACGAGAUGAAGCAGCGCGCCGAGGGGAUCGCGUACCAGUGGAACUUCAUGGUCGAAAACCAGUACGGCGAUGGCGGGAUGAGCUCUCGCGCGUGCCACAGGCGCGCCGAGUCCCUGGCCCUCGACAACCGGACGAGGUCGCUGGUCCUGGUGAACUACUUUCACACGGUGCCGCUCCGGGUGACGGCGUGCGUGGAGCACUCGCUGGGGCUCGCGGACGUGCUCCGGGCGUGCCACGCCGCCGCCGCCGACCGCUGGGCCAACUUCCUGGCCGUCGAUUACUACAAGAGAAGCGACGGCGGCGGCGUGUUCGAGGCCACGGACAUGCUCAACGGGAUGCUCAUCUGCGGCCGCGACGACGUGCGCGCGUGCACGAAACGAACUCUGAAGGACGUGCUGUAUGGCCUGCUCGGCAAGGCUGGGCUGAUGCCGGGUCACGGUGGGACGACGAGGACAUGA